AUAACGACAAGGUCGGGGUCAUUCUCUCUCUUCGCAGGCCACUACCACGGUCGUAAGAUUUUGUUAUAUUAGGUCAGGUCAUUAAAUAUGAAAUGUCCGAUUUCCUUAAGUAUAGACUUCUUAAGUUCGCCAAUCGAUAUCUCUGAUACUUCACCUUUAUAGUUUUUGGUCUUUUUUUGUUGCGAAGGUACAUCAUCACUCUUUCAAAUGCAUGUUUUGGUUUGUGAUUAUCUUUCGAAUUGUCUUUGUUACAGCAAUUUUUGUGCAACCAUGGAUAAGUUAAAAAUUCACGUUAUUUUCGAAUAUGAGUUCCGUCGUGAAACUAAUGCAGCACAAACAACUCGAAAUAUUAACGAAGUGUUUGGUGAAGAUGUGGCUAAUGAACGUACAAUACGUCGAUGGUUUGAAAAGUUUCGUUCUGGUGAUUUUAACCUUGAAAAUGAGCCACGUUGGUGACCCGAGACCAAGGUGGAUAAUGCUGAAAGCUGUAGUGGAAGCGGAUACAUUUCAAAGUACGCGUGAAUUAGCAGCAAGGUUUAAGGUUACUAUUCCAUAUUGGAUCGCUUGAAACAAAUCGGCAAGAUAAAAAAGCUGGAUAAAUGGGUUUCGCAUGAAUUAAACGAGCCUCAGAAGAGAAGUCGUCUCGAAGCUUGCCUCUCUUCACUAUCACGACGUAAAAGCGAAGCAUUUUUACAUCGUAUUGUUACAUCGUGUUGUUGUGAUAAACAGCGGAUUCUUUUCUCGACAAUUGUUCGGCACAAUGAUUGGAUAUGGAUGAAGUGCCGAAACAUAGUCCGAAAGCGAAUAUUCACAGAAGAAAGCUAAUAGUGUUUGUUUGGUGGUUCAGCGCUGAUAUUAUCCACUACAGCUUCAUGAAACCUGGUCAAUCGAUUACAGCGGAUGUCUACUGUAACCAACUAGGCGAAAUAAUGAAAAUGCUUGCGAUCAAGCAGCCGAGAUUGAUCAAUAGACACCAGGCACUGGACCAUUUCUUGCAAGGAAAAAUAUUCAAUUCUCAACAAGCUCUGAAAAACGUCUUCCGCAAUUUCAUGGUCACCUGCUCUUCAGGCUUCUUCGCUGCUGGCAUAAUUAAGCUAUCGUUAAGAUGGCAGAAUCCAUCCAUGGCUGUGCCGAUAGUUUAGGCGCAUACUUGGAUUAAUUGUACUAUUUCUAGUUUGAGAUAUAAUAAACUAAACUUUUGAUUAAAAAUCGGACAUUUCAUCAUACUUAACGACCUAAUAUUUGCGAUCGGGUUUAGGCGUGGUCAAGCACCGACGAACCGAGGCUGAGAUGAGACGCGGGGAAAUUCGCGCGGAGAGAAGCUAACUCCCAUGUCGUUUAAUCGAGGCGAUUAUUCGACUUGAUUUGAAUUUCAAUCGUCAAAUUCGGUCGGUGUUGGCUCUAAUAUAGCAGCGCGUUCACUCCAUUAUACAGCUCCGCGCGAAUCUUACCGCAAGUUGCGAGCGUACUCCGGAAUUUCGUCCUCCUGGACGGUAUUCCGGACGGAGAGAUCGAAAUUCCGAGGACCACCGACAAGAGUAAGAAGCUAUCAAGCCCUUUUGACGACACAAAGCCCAUCGAUGCGAAUUCGCAGAACCGAGCGAUUCAAGUGAGACACGCGGAUAUAACGGAUAUAGCGAAGCUCCCGCAGCAGGAAAUUCAUGAUUUCCAUGCAACCGACAACAGCCCAAAGCGAACAGCUUGCCGUGGACAUGGAGGAUGACGAGUUGCGGUUUGUGACGUCACACGUUGCUUGUGAAUACAGCGAGCGAUCGUAACAGUGGUCUCCAAACUGAACGAAAAACGGGGAAACCGGUCGAACGACAAGGAAACGGCACAGUGACAAUACGGCAAAAAUAAUACGGCAUACCAUAUCAACAUAUCAUUAUACGAGUCGCCGAGUGAGAACUUUGAAAAUUGGAAGUGAGUUACCUUCGCUUUAGACGUUUCCAUGGAAACCACCGACUCACUGAGUAUCGUCGACGAGGUCGGACUAACGACAAGGCUCGAUCCUUAUGCGUGACAGACAGAGAGGUAAUAUUCGAGAACGUGUCGGAUUAUACGGGAUGUAUGUGAAAGACACGCGGCUCAGUCAUAGAGAAGAACAUAUUGCAAAAAUUAUAGAGAUGUCCUGAUGUAAAAUUACAGGUCAAAAUGAUGAUCUGUCCUUUCCCCUCUCUCUCUCUCUCUCUCUCUUUUUCUCUCUUCUCUUGCAGUUUUCGUCGUUAGUUCACAUACAUCCGGUGUACGCCGUUUAAGUACCAAGGUACAAAUAUCGUGAACUCGAGUUACUUCGAUGUUUCGUCUUACUGUCAUACGCUAUUUCUCGUAAAUUAAGCGAAUACUUAAAUUGAAUCCCAAACGAGUGUUAUUAUAUUAUAUUUACAACUCAGCGCAAGAAGGAUAUUAGAUGAGCCCGGUGGAGAAAGCUGGAGGAGUUAGAAGUUAGAAGUAAUUCGCGUUGAAAGUAACUCGACUGUGACUGUGACUGUAAAUUAUCCAUUUCGUUCAAGUCGGCGGCGAGUCUUGCGAUAAUCAUCAGCCGACCGUUCGUACGUGACCACCAUCGAGUCCUCUCGCCGGUCGGACCUCGUCGAAGGUCUUGGACCA